AUGUUAGUAAGAUUGGUAACCGAAGCUUCGAUCGCUAAAAGUUCAAUUUUUUUUUAUUUACAGGUUGUCAGGAAACCCGUGAUGAGGACAGCAAGAAACAUGUUUAUCGUCAACUUGGCUGUCUCAGAUGCAUUGGUGUGUUGUGUUGGAACACCUUUGACGCUGAUGGAACUUUUGACGAAACAUUGGCCGCUACCAGAUUGGCCGAGUUUAUGCAAAGCGUGUGGAGCAAUUCAAGCUAUAUCAAUAUUCGUUUCAACUAUUUCAAUUACCGCUAUUGCCUUGGAUAGGUAUCAGCUGAUCGUGUACCCAACGCGGCCCGGCCUCCAGACAAUGGGUGCUCUUGUCACAAUGCUUUGCAUCUGGGUCACCGCAUUCUGCCUCGCAUCGCCUCUCUACAUCUUCAGAAGUCUCAAAACUCAUAACAUAGGACUUAAGGAUAUGGAUUCACUGAGUUUCUGUAUCGAAGACUGGCCGAUGUCAAACGGACGGGCGAUAUACUCCCUAUUUAGUUUAAUAUUACAAUAUUUACUUCCAGUUUUAGUUGUUAUUAUGGCACAUGUACAAAUACAUAGGAGAUUACGUGGACGUAGACGAACGACAAGAAAGACACCAGCUAUCUUAAUAGCUAUCGCUGUUACAUACGUUAUUAGUUGGCUACCUUUGAACGUGUUUAAUUUGGUAGCAGAUUUUAGUACAGAACCGAUAUUGGAAGAGAAAUCAAUGACGAUUACUUAUGCCGUUUGUCACAUGUUCGGAAUGUCAAGCGCUGUCUCCAAUCCAUUGUUAUACGGUUGGUUAAAUGAUAACUUUAGAAAGGAAUUCGAAGAGAUACUCUGCUGCUGCAAGAAGCGACAGAUAAUAAAAGACACGAGGAUUAAAAAUAGAAAAAUGGAUACUGAGUUGACCGCGCUAGCUCAAAUUGAACAUACUGUUACGGCGAACACUAAGACAUCUCAGUGCUCGCAAAUUUUCUGACUAAAGAGCUGUUUCAAAUAGCAUGAAAGUGCUAUUGAAAUGCAAAGCAUUUGAACUAUUUUCGACGUCAAUUCAAAGUGUGUACAGUGUACGGCGUGUUGUUGUUUCUGCUAUAAAGUAGUGUAAAAUUGUAAAGUAAAAUUGUUAGCAUAAUUUUUUUUAAUAACUGAUUCUAUGCAAUUUCUUUGUAAAUAUAGUUUAGUUAUAAUAAUACUCUACUCUACGUUUUUAUGAGCCCAAAACGUAGAGUAUGAAUAUUAGCCUAUGAUAAUA